UGGUAGAGCAACAAGGAUUCAAUCCCACGAUCAAGGGGCCGGAACUUCCAUCCACCCCCACCGGCACCAAACAACCUCUUGUUUUUUUGGAUGUCAUUUUAAACAUUUAUACAUAUUUCUCAGAUACAUACACAUGUAUAUACAUUUUGGAUCGAGGUGUGUGGGUAUCGUGACACCCCCUACCUCCUUAAUAGAUUCGUCCCUAUAUAUGAUGAAUAAUUUAUUCGGAGAUAAUUAGUAUCGGAAUAAUCUGUUCACAAUCAAACGAUCCGUAGUAUAGAAUAUUCCUUUUUUGUUUUCUAAAGAUAAAAUGGAAUAUCGUAUCCUGUCUGGAAUAUUCGGACAAAGUAAACCCUUGGUACCCAAAUUCAGACACAAUCAUCUUUUAUCUCCCCAUUUUCCAUUUCUAUAUCGCUUUCCUAAAACCCUAAACCUUCACUGACCAUUUUCGACUGCAACAACAACGAUGUCGGACGUUCCACCUGAAGUUAUCACUGAAAUACUCUCCCGACUUCCAGUGAAGUCAUUGUUGCGAUUCAGGUGCGUAUCGAAAUCCUUCAAAUCCCUUAUCGAUAGCCCAAAAUUCAUCAAAGCUCACCUCAAACAACAGCAAGAACCUAACCCAAAUGCAAAUCUGAACCUUAUUCUUGAAGCCCACUACAAAACCGACAACCUUUUUUCACUUGAGUUCACUACAAACACAUCAGCGCAACACCACCCAAAAAAGCUUGACCAUCCGUUAAAGCAGAUUUAUGGACCAACUCAGGUGUUGGGUUCAUGUCGUGGGUUGGUUUACAUAUCGAAUAACAUGAGUGAUAAUGGGAUCUGGAAUCCAUCAACUAAGAGGUUUCGUAGGUUGCCUGUUUGUAAGUUUGAUAGAGCUCCGUGCAAACAGGGUCCAGGGAUGGAGCAGAUUUGUCAGGGUUUUGGGUAUGAUAGGACUGAUGAGGAUUAUAAGGUGGUUACGAUUGCUCAAUGGUAUUAUCCUAAUGAACUGAAGGUGGUUUCUGAGACGAUGGUUUAUAGUUUAAAAUUUGGUGGGUGGAAAAAGGUGCAAGAUUGUCCUUACAUGGUGCUUAAGGAAGGUAAUGGUACGUGUGCUACGUCUGCUGGUGGUGCAUUGUAUUGGAUGAUGCAGAUGGAGC